GUUAUCAAUCUGACAGCCUUUCGAUGCAGGUAUACCUCAAAGAUGCUUCUGGCUGCAAUAAAUGAGCACUGUCAAGGAACUUAUGAUUUCAUUUAUUUGCCAAUUGACUUCAAGGCAAAAUAAAUGCAACGUGGGCUAUGCAUUCAUCAACAUGAUUGAUCCAAAACAGAUUAUUCCAUUCCAUAAGGCAUUCAAUGGCAAAAAAUGGAAAAAGUUCAACAGUAAAAAAGUGGCAUUGCUUGCAUAUGCUAGGAUUCAAGGAAAAGCUGCUCUUAUCGCCCCUUUCCAGAACUCAAGCUUGAUGAAUGAAGAUAAACAAUGCCGUCCUAUUUUUUUUCAUACUGAUGGUUCAAAUGCUGGUGAUCAAGAGCCCUUUCCCAUGGGUACUAACAUUCAAUCAAAACCCAGAAAGCCUCAAACAACCAGCCGUGAGAACAAUCGCCAAGUUAGCUCCUCGACUUCAGCAAAAGGGGAGGAAGCUUCCAAUGGGGUAGAACCUUGGUCAGGUUAUCCCAAGUAUUCUAGCUGAGCUGUCUGCUUUACCAAGCAGUAAUUGUGGAAGAGUAGUUUUGAUAAUCCAAAUGCAUUUUGUAACUCUAGUUUCUUGACCAUUUCAUCUGUUUCUAGGAAAAUUUUUGUAUGAAUGGCCGAUAUGAGCAUAGAGAACAGCUUAAAAAUGUUCCCGAGUCUAUGCAUGACUCCAAGGAUCCCUGUUGUUCUCAGU